UCCCUCUAAUUUAGUUUACAUGCUAAACUGGAAUUCUAUUACUGGUAAGACAGGAAUUAUAAUCUCAACUAACUCAUUGAACUUAUAAAUCUAAAUUGAAUUCCAACAUUUUCAAUUUCAAUUCUCAACAGAACCAACCCGAAAAUUUUCAUGCACCAUAAAAUUUAUCAAUUUCAGCAUCAGAAUCAAGCAGAAGAGUGAGAAAAAGUAUGUGGAGUAGAACCAGCACACAGCUCAGAAGAUAUAAUAAUUGCAAAAACAUAGAGCUAGGGUUAGGGUUAGGGUUAGGGUUUAGAUUGUACAAACGAUGGAUGUCGAUGUCGAGAAAAAGAUACGCAGCUGUUUGGGGCAAUGGAGAUUUUGGAAGGUUAGGGACCGGAAGUUUGGAUUCUCAAUGGCGGCCUAAGCUUCUGCCUUCCUCUGCUUUUGAAAAUCAGCAUCUCAAAUCCAUCGCCUGCGGUGGAGCUCACACUCUGUUCUUAACAGAAACUGGGCAUGUAUAUGCCACUGGUCUUAAUGAUUUCGGACAGCUCGGUGUGUCAGGCAAUCUUUCUUAUACUGUGGAUCCCAUUAGAGUUUUUGGACUUCAGAAAGAGAUUUUGCAAAUUUCAGCUGGUUAUCAUCACUCAUGCGCUAUUACAGUGGACGGGGAGCUGUAUAUAUGGGGAAGGAAUUCAAAUGGACAGCUGGGUCUUGGAAAACAGGCAAAGAGUGUGGUCCCUCUACCAACAAAAGUAGAAUGCUUGAGUGGACUCAGCAUUAAAAUGGUUGCUUUGGCUUCAGAGCAUUCAAUUGCUGUUACUGACAGCGGUGAGGUUUUAAGUUGGGGAGGGGGAGGGUCUGGACGACUUGGUCAUGGCAACAAAUCAAGCAUCUUUGGGUUUCGGACGAGCAACAGUGAAUAUACCCCGAGGUGUAUAAAGAAACUAGAGGAAGUUAAGGUUCAAAGUGUGGCUGCUGGGUUGCUUCAUUCAGCUUGCAUUGGUGUAAAUGGCUCCGUUUUUGUAUUUGGUGAAAUGUCGGUUGAUAGAUUGGGUUUUGGAGAGGCAAAUGGUGCGGGCAUACCGUAUGUGGUAGGCAAAUUGCAAUGUGCUAAAGACGUUUCAUGUGGUGGAUAUCACACAUGUGUUGUCACAAGUGGUGGGGAGCUAUACGCCUGGGGUGUCAAUGAAAAUGGCUGCCUCGGUAUUGGUUCUACCAAUUCCUUUCAUCAACCAGAGAGAGUUGAAGGUCCUUUUAUGAGAUCUCCUGUUGAGAAGGUUUCCUGUGGCUGGAGACACACAGCAGCAAUUUCUGAAGGCAAAAUCUACACUUGGGGCUGGGGAGGUUCCAACGGCACAUUUUCUGAUGAUGGGCAGUCUUCUGGCGGACAACUGGGUCAUGGAAGUGAUGUUGAUUAUGGGAAACCUCUGUUUGUCCCCUUUGAAAAGAGUAUGAAAGCAUUACAAGUUUCAUGUGGAUUCAAUCACACUGGUGCCAUACUUGAGGAGGAUGCUGAAUCUUAGGCUGAUCUUCAUUUUGCCUCCAGCGUUCGCGUUUUUCUGCACGUGUAUGUAUGCAAAGAAACACUUCAUUAUUCUUUUACACAUAUAAAGUGAAAUGCUGAAUUCCGUAUUCAUGUUUGAGAUCAUUAACGAAGCAAAUCGACAAAUAAAAGUAUCGACAAUAUGCAAUAUUCCUGUUGCAUCUAUCGAUCUUGUAAUUAAUAUAGGGGUAAAUGACUUGCACGUAUGUAAAAAAGAAACACUUCAUUGCUGUAUCUACGAUAUGCAAUAUUUAUGUUGUAUCUAUUAUGUAUUUGUCUUGUAAUUAAUAUAUCGGCCUCACAAUUAAUAUAGCGAUCAACAUUCCGGGUCUUGAUAUAAUAGUAAAGAAAUCUUAUAUUUGUGUAUA